AUGAGACAGUCCGCCGUGAUGCCCUCCCUCUUCGCCGCCGCGCUCCUCUUCCAGUGCUACGCCGCCGCCGCCGCCGGGCCCCUGAGCAGGAACGUGGACGACGGCGACGCCUCCUUGGAGCAGGACACCCUGAGCUCCUUGCUCCUCGGCGAGGAGGCAGCGGAGCAGUCCCUGGCCGGCGGUGACGACACCGCCGUCACGGUGGGCCGAAGCGGGGGUCCCAGAGUGAUCGUGAUGAUGGCCGACGCGGCCGUGCUGAGGAACCUGAGGGCGCUGGACCGAGGGCUGUCCUACUACAAGCAGCAGCAGCAGCAGACGAAGGCCGGGGACGGCGGCCUGACGCUGGAGCGCCGGGAGCGGUUGGUGGGGCUGGAGCCCGGGAUGGCCCUCCGCAAGCGGGACACCAUGAGGUGCAUGGUGGGGAGGGUGUACCGGCCCUGCUGGGAGGCAUAG